UCUCAUCAAUGGGAGAUGCCAAUGCGACGUCGUUUCCUCUUCCGCCGGGCGUCCGGUUCCACCCCUCGGACGAGGAGCUGCUCCGCCACUACCUGAGCGGGAAGAACGCGGAGCCCGGCGGCGCGAGGGCCGAGGGCAACAACCUGAUCGGAGAGCUUGACUUGUACGGCUACGAUCCUUUCGAGCUUCCGAACAGCGCGUGCUACGCGUACGGCUGCGGAGGGAAGAAGAGGCACUGGUUCUGCUACACUGGCGGUGGGGCGGUGAGGGAGAGGGGAGGGAAGAGGAGGGCGAGGAGCGGGUUCUGGAGGAGGAAGGGAAGGAUGAGGAUUGUCAUGGGGCAAGGAGGGAGGGGAGACCUUGGGACCAGGACCAAAUUCGUGUUUUAUUUGGGGAAUUCGGCCAAGACGGCCUUCAGGACCAAUUGGGUUUUGUAUGAGUAUGCCCCUAUUGAUCAUCUUAAGGCUUCUUUUGUCCUGUGCCGAGUGUUCAACAAAUCUUGUCCUAGAAAUAGCAUAUCAGAGAAUGGUUUAGUUUCUUGUGCUGAAGAAAGUUUUUCGGCUGUGCGCCACAUUGGAAUUCAGCAUGAUGGAGACAACAUUUCUAGUAGGAACGAUGACAUUGAGGUAGAUGAUCAGAUUGCGACUAGGCCAGCUCCCAUGGCAAGCAUUCAAGUUCCUCUAUGCAGUGAGCCUAAUACGCAGAUGAAUAUCGAUGCUUUUACAGAUGACCAUUUACUUGCCAUUCUAAAUGAAGAUUUCUUGGAGUUGGAUGAUCUCAACCGUUGAUUAUCCAAGAUUAUUAGACAAACAUGGAAGUGGCUGAAUCUUUAAAAAUGUGAAUAUUGCUGAUGAUGCUUAAUUUUCAGUUGAAACUAUUAGUCGGAGAAUGGGUUCUACAUACCCAACACAGGAAGAGAGAGUUUUCAUAUGCUGAAGAAUCCUUUAAUUUUUUUAGGAAAGUUAAUGGGAAUCACAUAGUAUCAGUUAUGAGGUUGAGAGAGAUAUAAUGGCAGAAUCAAUUUUCUUGUAAAGAUUCGGUCUUUGCCUUCUGAAGGCAAAUGCUCUGUGGAUAGAAGAAACAAUAAUGUGUUAGAUGAUGGUCAAUCCAAUCUGGAAUCUGUUAGUAUCUGCUACUUCACUGGCCUUUGCAAGCUGCCUUUUUCCUUCAAUGGUGGAGUUCUUAUUUAUUUGCACACCAACGGAAAAGUUUGGUUUUUCCGUUUCUUUUGGUGCAUUCCCUUAACAAGGGCUAUUCCCCUCAUUGAUAUUUGUAAUCUCUCUUAGCUUGCUAGUUGCAGAGAUUGAUUAAAAUAUUUAGUAAUAUCAAAUAUGGA